ACAAUUAAAUACCAAUUCGAUCGAGAUUGAACUGCCAGCCGAGCGGUCGAACAUGGCGGAGGAGGGAAAGGCGAGAGGGGAGGCGACGGCGGCGGCGGAGGAGGAAUACGAGGACCUGCUGCCGGUGAUGGCAGAGCGGAUGGAGGAGGAGCAGUUUAUGCGGGAGCUGUGCGCGGGGUUCCGGCUGCUGGCGGAGGCGAAGAGCAGUCUGAUUACGCCGGCGAGCCUGAGGCGGAACGCAGCAGCGGCGCUGGGAGUGGAAGGUAUGACGGCGGCGGAGGCGGAGGCGAUGGUGAGGGAGGGGGACAUGGACGGCGACGGCGCGCUCAACGAGCGGGAGUUCUGCGUGCUAAUGGUCCGGCUCAGCCCCGAGAUGAUGGCGGACACCGAGGCGUGGAUAGAGAGCCUGCUGCUGACACCGCCGCCGCCGCCAGCGGCCGAUGCUAAUUGACCAUUAAGUAAUUGAUAAAUUUGUGACUCUGUCAAGAAAGAUCAGACGAUGAAUCAUGAUGAUCUUGUUGGAUUGUAAGCUGUCAAAAUUUUGGUAUACAAAUCUCCUCUGCCUUACUAUUA